AUGGCUGAACGCAUCGAGCUGCGAUCCAUCGGGAAGAACGCAGGCGCCUCUGCGUCCCGCACGACACUGCCUCCGGCGUACACGGAGCAGGAGCCCGAGCCAGGCUCGCUUGGUCGUAACUAUCGCAGCGCCGAAGAGCGUGCGAAGGCUGCCGCUCGGCCGCACGAGGGCGCUCCGGACGCUGCCUCGGUGUAUGGCAUGUACUCUGCUGGAUGGUUCGUUGUGCUCGCUGUACCGCUGCUGCUCAUGCCUCGUCUCGUGCUCUUCAUGGCGCAAGGUUCCGAUGCCCCCGUCAAGGCCGGCCCGCUUGGUGUCGUCGGCUCUGGCCCGAUCCCCAGCUACGGCGGCAAUCAACACGACACGCUCACACCGCUCGAGAGCUUCACCCUUAAGAUGCUUGGCUUCGGUCUCCUCGCCCUCGCCGCCAUCAGCAUCUUCGUCGUUGUGCCCAACUACUCGCCCCAGGCUAUGCCGUACCGCAUGCCCGCUGUGUGCGUGUUCGCUGUUCUCGGGUGCGUCACGGCGUUCGUAGGGUGGAACGCCCCGCUGGGUUUCAUGAGCAUUGUCCUCGGGCUCGGCAACGGCGCACUCGGCGCGUGGGGCUUCUGGACGGUGUUCUUUGGCGAGGAGAAGCAGAAGUUUGGCAAGUACCUCAAGCCCAACUCGAGGCUCAAGCGGUUCUAA